AUGAAGUUCUACAAGGCCAUCGAGGACAUCUGGUACGGGCCGUCAGUCCAAGAUAAUGCUCCAGUGCAAGACGAGGUUCUGGGAGACAGAGUACAAGAUCCAGGUGGAUUCACCAAGACCAAUCUCCCCGUGGGCCAGAUCCACUACCCCAGCAACCCCGGGUUCGACACCAUCCCUAAAAAAAUAAAGGAGGGAAUUCUUCUCGUGUACACCUGGAAGUCUGAGGCCCUCCUGUUUGGUGCUCUGACCCCCGAACUGGCCGUGGCUGAAGCCGUCGAUCAAAUUGCGGAGAUCCACCCCCAAAUCAGGGGGCAGUUUGAGUUUGGUGCCAUCAAGGCCUGGUACAACGACCCUGCCGAGCAGGGAGCCUAUGCCCUCCUGAACCACGGCAGUGCAGCACGUCAUGUGGCUCAUGUACCCGUGGAGGAACAUCUACUUCGCGGGAGAAGCCAUCUCGUUUGCCAAUGGAUGGAUCCAGGGGGCCUUGGAGUCUGGGCUGAGAGCUGCCUACCAGUUCUAUGCUCGAAACGAGAGCUCUGCCGGACAGUAAGUCGCUAUACCAAAUGGAACAGACUAAGAGACUUGGAUAGCAGAAAAUGA